AUGAAAUACCCAUUUGGACAUAUCGAGAAAUCGGUCAAGUCUCAGAGAGCCCUCUUCCAGUUCCUUGUGACUGAACAUCUACCUGAACUUCGAGCAAUACUCGAGAAGAAGCGCGGAAAGAAGUCAUCAGAUCCCAAAGACAAGAUUUUUGCACUGUUCAGUGUACUGAAGAAACUCAGAAUCGAGAUUCCACAACCUGAUUAUGAGAAAUCAGUUGAGGACGUUUACAGGGACGCUGUCGUGGCUUGUAUCAAUCACGACAAAAAUCUCUAUUUCCUAUUUGAUGCGCCGUCAGAUCAUCGUCAUGCCAGGCCUAGUCUAUCAUCUUGGGUCCCAGACUGGAGCGAUGAAGGCUGGCGAUACAAUAGUCCGGACGCGAGAAUCGCUGUGACACGAGACCGGUUCUGCGCGGCGGGCCCAGCGGAUCCGAAAUGGAGCUUCUCGCACGAUCAGAGGCGGUUAGUAGUAUCAGGCAAGAUCAUCGACUUGGUCGUAUACUGCGCCGAAUCGUUGCAUAUCUACAUGCAAGUAAUUGCCAGCAUCAAUCCAACAUCCGAGUUCUGUCGCACCGGUUCCGUUGGUGUACAUACCAUGCAAGACGCCUGCCGCAUGCUUGACACUGCUUUUCAGACUCUCAAGAGCUGGGUCGACGUCGCGUCCUGGUACGCCGAGUACCAGAUGGGUGGGACAGUCCAGGAAGCACUCUUCCGCACGCUCAUAUCUGACACACCACGCCGAAAUCCAAACGAGAACCUCUCAUUUGACGCCUGGUACAAAACGAUGACGCUCAGCGACGCCGAUCUGCUGAUGCGGUCCUACAAUAGGUUGCAACAGGCAGGACUUGACGGACCUAGCACUCCUUCCCAAGCUGCACUUGAAUCCAUAACACAGCAGGUACCUGAAGCUUCGCCGGGCGUUUUAUUGAUGACGACCGAAGCUUCGAAAUACCAUUUCCUCGUCUUUGGCUUUGCGAACAGAAGGGCACUCUUCACCACAGAGGAAGGAUACAUGGGUACUGCACCGGCUGUAGUAUCUAAAAACAACCAAGCCGCAAAUAUGAUCAAGGCGGGGGAUAAGAUUGCGGUCGUGGCGGGGUUGGCGUUGAGACCGGUGGAGAUAGAUGGGCCGGGCGAGGUUGUGUACCGGCUUGUGACACAUGUAUAUAUGCAUGGGAUCAUGUAUGGUGAGGCGUGGGAGGAUGGGAAAUAUCUGGUGCAGGAGAUUGUCAAUGGAGUACAAAAGUUCGGGUGA